UCGACCAGAGAUCCCGUGGCUCAUAAUUCCCUCUACUUUUUUUCUAAAACCCUCCUUCUAUGCGCCCCGUUACUGCCGUUUGUCUUCAUUUCCGCACCUGCCACGGCAGAGACCAGGCGACGGCUCCAGGAGAAGAGGAGACAAGGACGUUGCGAGAGAGAGAGAUAGAGAGAGAGCCGGGGAGAGACAGCUGCGGUGACUCGUCUGAGAUCUUAAAGGACAAAAUAAAUAAAUAAAUAGAUCUUUUUUUUUUUUAAUUAAAAAAAAAAAAAAAAAAAGGAAGAGAAAUGCUGCUCUGGACCAAAAUGCUGCUGGUCGGUCUCAUCUGCGUCUCCUUGGUGUCCUCUGGGAUGGGCUGCGGACCGGGCAGGGGCUACGGCAGGAGAAAACACCCCAAGAAGCUGACACCUCUUGCCUACAAGCAGUUCAUCCCCAACGUGGCGGAGAAGACCCUCGGGGCCAGCGGCAGAUACGAAGGCAAGAUCACCAGAAACUCCGAGCGAUUUAAAGAACUGACUCCAAAUUAUAACACAGACAUCAUAUUCAAGGAUGAGGAGAACACCGGCGCAGACAGGCUAAUGACUCAGAGAUGCAAAGACAAGCUGAACUCGCUGGCCAUCUCGGUGAUGAACCAGUGGCCCGGGGUGAAGCUGCGCGUCACCGAGGGCUGGGACGAGGACGGACACCACUUCGAGGAGUCCCUGCACUACGAGGGCAGGGCCGUGGACAUCACCACCUCAGACAGAGACAAGGCCAAGUACGGCACUCUGUCCAGGCUGGCGGUGGAAGCCGGAUUCGACUGGGUUUACUACGAGUCCAAGGCCCACAUCCACUGCUCCGUGAAAGCAGAAAACUCUGUGGCUGCGAAGUCGGGCGGCUGCUUCCCCGGCUCCUCCACGGUGACCCUGCAGGACGGCACCCAGAAGGCCGUCAGGGACCUCCGGCCCGGGGACAGGGUCCUGGCGGCGGACGACGACGGAAACCCGCUCUACACCGACUUCCUCACGUUCAUAGACCGGGAAUCCAACAUCAGCAGGAUCUUCUACGUGAUCGAGACGGAGUCCGGCCACCGGAUCCGCCUGACCGCCGCGCACCUCAUCUUCACCGCCGACAACAGCACGGAGGCGCAGCAGCAGCAGCGGCUGCGGCUGCGCGCAUCGGCGGUGUUCGCCAGCAAAGUCCUGCCGGGACAGAAGGUGUUCGUCUCCGAGGCCGAGCGGCUCGUCCCGGCCACCGUGACACGGAUUUACACCGAAACGCACCAGGGCUCGUACGCGCCCGUGACGGCGCAGGGCAGCGUGGUGGUGGACCGCGUCCUCGCGUCCUGCUACGCGGUGGUGGAGAACCACCAGCUGGCGCACUGCGCCCUGGCACCGCUCAGGCUCGCCCAUUGGGUGUCAUCCUUGUUGUUCACGUCCCCUCCUCCUCCUGCAGCCAGCAGCGCACACGAGGACGGCGUGCACUGGUACUCCAAAGUCCUUUAUCAACUGGGGACGUGGCUCUUGGACAGCCACUCCAUCCAUCCACUUGGGAUGUCGGUUUACCCGAGUUGAAACCUCCAGAACUGGAGCAAGAAUGAGGCUUAAAAAUGUAGGACGCGCGCGAACUGUUCAGUUCAAGUAGAUUAAAA